ACUCUCUCUAUUACCGGUCAUACUCUCCACCGUCGCCGCCGCCCAUAGCCGCCGUCGCGCGGACGCCCCUCCACCUCCGCCGUCACGCCGCCUCACUCCACCGCCGCUGUCGCGCCUCCCCCUCUAAUCCACCGCCGCCGUUAAAAUAAGGUAUAAGACAUACGCUCUGUUUUGUAAAUGCGAAACUUUAAUUUCCAGUUCUUGUGUGUGCUGAAAAUUUAGGUGCUUAUACAGAUCCAGUUUAAUUUCCAGUUCUUCACAUAAACUUUAAUUUCCGCCGCCGCAGGGUUUAUGAGUGCUGAAAAUUUUCAUUUAUCGUUAUUAGGUGCUUAUGCAGAUCUUUCCUUUUUUGCUUUCUUUGUUCAUAUUCAAUUAAAGACUUGGCACGACAAUCGAAAAUUGAUUUCAAAUGGUUAAGAAGAAUUGGUGUGGGUUGGUUCCAAUUGUAUACAGUAUAGUAUAUAAAAGAUGCAUCGAAUAUGGUCUAGGGGUAUAUUGAAUACAUAUAGCUAUUACACUUUAUAACCUUUUGACCAAAUAAAGGAUUGUAUAAAUCGGAUACUUAUUUCUUACUGAUUCUAUUGCAUAUUAAAUUAUUAAUCCUGUUAUGUUGUUGCUUCUUUGAUACAUUUGUUCUAUACAAUAUAGAUGCUUUGAUUUGGAUGAACUUUUACUGGUUUUUAGAUAGUCAAAUAAAAAUGAGUUUUCCUAUAUUACAGUUUAUUAUGUAAAAGGCACCAAAUCAAAAGUGACAAUUAUGAGAGAAGGAUAGGGGUGAGGGUCUGAGGGCAUCCUUAUAAGUAGUUACCUUUCGGUCACAAAGCCACACCUUGAUUUCCUUAUGUUAGAUUUUAGUCUUGUAACUGUUUGACAGUCGGGAAGUGUAUAAAUUUCCAGUGUGGAAAUUUAUUCAAUGUCAUUUGGUUUGUGAGAUUGCAGAAUCUAUGUCAUAUUGUUUAAAAAUCGAGAUUAGUCUAUUUCUCAAGUGGAUUACUUGUUGUGUUUGUUAGCUUCUUAUCCGAUAGUAGUUCUCUUGUAACUAUUAUUGUUAGUUAAGUGAUAGUCAUUUGCCUUUGUGUCUUGCUUGAUGUGCCAAGGAUCUGGACUUAAUAUAUCCUUGAACUUUGAGUAAGUUGUUCUUGCAUAAAUGUGUGCUUUGUGAUGUAGCUUAUCAUUUUCAUCAAUCUUCUCUUAAAAAGGUUAAGAAAAAUGGGAGAUAAAAAAAAACUACUCCCAUUAAAUCCCGGAAUAAAAAUGGGAGAUAAAAAGGAAAUCCUUGCAUCCUUGUUCCUUGUAUAUUUACAAAGAGUUGGAUUGGUCUGUAUGAGAUUGUGCUGAUUGAAAAGAUUUUUAAAUGCAAUACAAAAAUGUGGAGAAUUACACUAUUUGACGACAACCAUAAUCAUGGUCUUGUGACUCCAAAGAGUGUUCGUUAUCUCAGAUCACACAAAAAAAUGUCUAAUGCUGCAAGAUCGUUGGUUGAACACUUUAGUGAUGCAAGCUUGCCCACAGGAAAAGUGGCUACCAUCUUCAAAGGCGAUGAGUUAUCAUUUGACAGUCGAGAUUGUUAUAACCAUCUAACAAGUGUGAGGAGAAGAAUAUAUAACGCAGGAGAUGCACAAGCUGUGUUAAACUAUUGUGCUAAACAACAAUCAUUGAAUCCAAAUUUCUUUUAUUCCAUUAAAUGUGACGAUGAAGAUCGCAUGGAAAGCUUUUUUUGGAUUGAUGCAAGGUCCAGGAAAGCUUAUGAGCUUUUUGGUGAUGUCAUCACAUUUGACACGACAUAUAGAACUAAUAAGUAUUUAAUGCUAUUUGGACCUUUUGUUGGUGUAAAUAAUCAUUUACAGUCAAUCUUGUUCGGAUGUGCUUUAUUGAAAGACGAAACAAAAGAUACUUUUAUUUGGCUAUUUAAGGAAUGGCUUCGAGGAAUGAAUGAGAAACAUCCGGGCGCCAUAAUUACUGAUCAGGACAUGUCAAUUACCAAUGCAGUAUCCAAAGUUUUCCCAAACAGCAAGCAAUGAUUUUGUAUGUGGCACAUCACAAAAAAGUUUCCAGAAAAAUUGUCUCAUGUCUAUCAGAGCGAUUUCAAUAACUGUAUCCAUACAAAAAAGAGCACUCAAGAUUUUGAAGACAAAUGGCAACGUAUUCUUGAUAACUAUGGUCUUCAUGAGAAUGAGUGGUUGCAGUCACUUUAUUCAAUUAAAGCGUCUUGGGUACCAAUCUUUAACAGAUCCAUUUUCUUUGCUGGUAUGAAUACCACUCAGCGUAGUGAAAGCAUCAAUUCAUUCUUUGAUGGUUUUGUUACAUCUGGCACAACCUUAAAGGAAUUUGUAGAAAAAUAUAAUCAAGAAGUAGAUGCUCGUUAUGAUUCAUUCAAAAAACAAGACUUUGAAUCUAGGCACAAAGAAAGGCGUUUAACAUUGAAUAUGCCAUUGGAAGAGCAUGCAGCUAAGGUUUACACGCGUGCAUUUUUCACAAAGUUCAGUGAUGUGCUUUCUCAUAAUUUUCGUCUCUCUUAGGAGAAAAUUGGAGAUGAUGGUGAGUGGGUUACCUAUCGAGUUUUUAAUAGGAAAGAGAAGGAUUAUUCUGCAACUGUGAAGAUGAAGUUGGAAAAUAAAGAAGCAAGAUGUUCUUGUCAGUAUUUUGAGUUCAUGGGAAUCCCAUGUGAGCAUAUUAUUUCUAUUUUUUUGGUUGAAAAUGUUGAGCAGAUCCCUGAACAUAUGAUUUUGCGACGCUGGAGCAAGGAAGGAAAUGAUAUAAUUAGUACAAAUAAAUACAUUUGUAAUUUUGAUGGUGAAGGACUCCUUCGCGGCUUUGAAAUACGCUCUAGAGUUUCAAAACUUAUUGAGCUUGCAGAUAGGUCCAAUGAAGCAACUAGAUUCGCUUGUAAUGGUCUUGAUUCUCUCACUGAAUCUUUAGAAAAAUUUCCAAGACCUGAUGAGAGUAUUGGUCUUGAGGAUUUUGAUUCACAUUACUUGAGUUCUCAAGCUGAAGAGUCAUCUAUGAUGAGAUUGAAUGAUCCUAACAUUUCACAAACGAAAGGUCGAAAAAGGGAGUCACACAAUAUCUCACAGGGACGUAGAAUUCAUAGUGGAAUUGAAGAAGCAUCAAAGAAUACUAAUAUUUGUGGAAAUUGCAAGAAACGAGGACAUAAUAAGCGUACAUGUAGAGAGAAAAAUUUACAUUGACUUUAGUUGUUUUAUUUUUUAUUUUGGGUUACAUGACAUUUUACAUGAUUAUCAUUUAAUUUAUUAUUUCUUUUAGUUGCUA